GUUCUUUCUGACAACAAGUCGGAUUGUGAUUGUAAUUCCUCUUUAAUUUUAUUAAUUAUUUUGUACCGUAAUUAAUUAAUUUUAUUAAUUUUUUUGUUUCUAUUUUAGUGAGUGUACCAUCCACCUGAACAUCACAUCCUGAGUUCCCUUAUCUAAAUUAAAUCCUCCUCUAAACAAGAGAGAAACAAUGUCAGGCAGAGGUGGAAAUGGUGGGUAUGGUGCACAUGGUGGUGUCCAGUCUAACCACACAUCACGUAAUUUUCCCAAUAGAGCUAAUUUAAAUCAUCAACCUAGACACAUGAUUCCACCUAAUUCAACGAAUAUUCCUCAAACUGUUUCAAAUGUGGGAUUUGGUUUACAUACUCAAUUCAUGGGUAAUCCAAACAUUGUUCAUCAAAUAUCUCAGGUUCCUCAGGCUCGGUAUCCUAAUUCGAAUCAUCCUCAUCAUCAACCACAAAUACCUUUCCAAACUGCAUAUAUAGCACAUCCCUUCUCCUUUUAUCCACAUAUGCAACAUCAAUAUGCUGCUAUUGCUCGUAAUGUGCCGGGAGCCACCGCAAAUCCAUCACCAUAUAAUGUUAGUCAAGGAAUGGUGCAAAGCACUGACAAUCAACUAUAUUAUAGUGAACAAUAUAUGCCACCAGCUCAAACGCAAGAGAUGAAUUCAGUGACACCUGCAUUGCAGCAGAUACCGGGCCAGACUUUGCCCACUAAAGGGGCAGUUGCACCUCAACCUCGCGUCAGAAAAGGAGCUUUGAUCCAGGAUCCUAAUACACUUAAAGAAAUUUCCGUGGCUGAGCUCAGAUCACCUGUACCUGUUAAGCCAGAGAGCGAGCCUGAAAAAUCUUCCACUACUAAUGCCACAUCAACAACGCCUAAAUCUGGUCCAGAGAAGAAAGUCAAGGAACAAAUGAAUGACCUUGAUGUUCGAAUUGAAAGUGACCAAUUGACGAAAUCGACCGUUACACCGGAGCCAACUGAAGACUCAAGUAAUUCUAGUUCUACCACUAGCUCAAACACAGUUUCAUCUAAACAAGUUGUGAUUGAGAGCAAAUCACCUAAAGCUGGUUCUGAAAAGAAAGUUGAGGAAAAAACUAACGACCUUGACGCUCGAACCGAAAGUGACCAACUAACAAUAUCGGCCGGUGUUACACCUGAGCCAACUGAAGACUCAAGUAACUCUAGCUCUACAAAUAGCUCAACCACACAUUCAUCUAAACAAGCUGUGAUUGAGAGCAAAUCUGAGCUAAAAUCUGUCGAGUCAACAACUCAAGUAUCUCCAGUUAGUGAAGAAAUUCCAAACUCUAAUGAGAUAUCUUCAUCGUCUGAAAUAAAAGACGCUUCACUUGAAGAAACUCGACCUGUCCCAAUCGAUGUUGUAGAUCAUGCCUCUGUGAUGACUCGAGAGGAAUCUAUUUCUCCCCAAGACGAUUUUAAACAAUCGAAAGAAGUCCCCGAAACUUCAGUUGAUCAAGUUUCACCAAGUGAAACUAAAGAAGAAAAUAAAGAAAAUGAUAAGCCUGCUGCCGCUGAUCAUCCCAAGAUCAAUGCUAAGGGCAAGUAUGAAUACGAGGCCGAAUUUCUCCGAUCUCUUCAAAGUCAUCCACUGUCUUUGAAAAAACCCAAUUUACCCGAUCUCGACAUAGUGCAACAAGUGCCGAUAACCCAAAGGGAAAAACAAACAAAUCGUGUCAACGAUUUUCUUCCAUCUUACAUGGCUCCGUCUCGUAAUAAUCGCUCAUUACCAGUUCGUAUUAGUGGAAGAAAUAGUAGAGAACUCAGGCCAUCCAAGCCGCCGAUUAAGAUUAUUCCAUCUCCUUCUCUCAAUCAAGAUGUCUCUUUGCAUACUGUUGAAAAUGCUUGGAAACCUGCUAUUCCUGCCUUGGCUCCAGUUGAAAAUAUCGACGAGGAAGAAAAGAAAACGCAAGAAUUGCUCAAGAGAUUCAGAGGAAUUUUGAAUAAAUUGACACCUCAAAAAUAUGAUGACCUUAUCAGACAAGUUGAUGCCCUCUCCAUUGACUCGGCUGAUAGGCUCAACAAAGUAUUAGAGCUUAUAUUUGACAAGGCCGUCGACGAACCUGCUUUCUGUACUGAUUAUGCUAAAUUGUGUAAACAUAUUUCUUUAGCAGAAAAGGCUAAAAAGUCUAAUGAUGAUAAAGACAAAUCUAGUGAGAAAGAUGACAAAACUAAGGAGAAGCAAUUUCGAGGACUUCUUCUUACCAAAUGUCAAAACGAAUUUGAAAGUGAUAUUUAUAAAGAUGUCAAUAUUGAAGAGCGACUACAAGAAAUUGAAACCAUCUCCGAUCCAGAAAAGAAAAAGAUCGCUAAACUCGAGCUUGACGAGGACAAAAGGAAAGCUCGAAAACGAACCCUUGGAAUCAUUAAAUUCAUUGGUGAAUUGUACAUGUUUGAUAUGCUCAGAGUCGCUAUCAUGGAUAGUUGUAUCGCUAAAUUACUCAAGGCAAGUGAUGAUGAGUCACUUGAACUUUUAUGUACCCUCUUGAGAACUGUUGGAGCGAAAUGGGAGCAAGACAGUGCAAAGAAGCCUCCCAUUCAAGGCAGUGCAAUCCUGUAUUGGUUUAACAUGCUUCGAGAGAUUGUCCAGAAAAGAUUAACUUCCUCUCGAGUGCGUUUCAUGAUACAAGAUGUGCUGGACAUGAAACAAGCGGGUUGGAAAGUCAGAAAGAUCCAAGCCGAAAAUAAGCCAAAAACCAUUGAACAGCUUCAUGCUGAAAUCCAACAAGAGGAACAAAACAAGAAACAUGAAAUUGCACAGCACAUCAUCAAAACUGGAGAUGUUAGAAAACCUCCAUCCAAACAAGAAGAAUGGAAUACCAAUAGUCAACGAAAUCGAACUAAUACUCCAAAGGUGUUGGAAACUCUCCAAGAUUUAAAGAAAAUGAAUUUAAGUACAUCACAAGCAGAUACUAUCUCUUUACUUCCUCAAAGAGGUAUGUGGGGAUCUGGGGCAAGUUUAGGUGCUGGAACAUCACAACGAUCACAACCAAAUUCCGAUAUUUUCAGUAGAAACUCAUUGAAUGAAAGAGAUAAAAACCCAAGGAAUAGUGGCAAUAUGGGACGGGACUCAAUGGAAGGACGCGUUCAGUCUUCAGGAACAUCCUUCAGACCAUUUUCUUCUAUGGAAGGAGAGCCACAUUCUGGGUAUCCUGGUCGAGCUUCAAUGGGAAAUAGAGUUCCAUCAACAAUGGCUCCAUUUGCUAGUACGUCUGAUGCAUCAGUCAAAAAGGAAACAUCAAGUCGUAGCAAUAGCAUGGAAAAAAGUGGUCUUUCCGAUUCUCGAGCCAGUAGUAAUAAUAGUACCAGUAAUUUAGUACGCGAAUCUCCGAAGAAAGAAGUUGCACAAGUUGGUAGCAAACUCAAAGGUAAUAAGGAACUUUCAGAUGCUAAGGUGUCUGAAAAAGCUCAAAAUUGUGUAAAAGAAUUCAUGCAUCAUGGUAUUAAAGAGGACGCUAAAGAAGAUCUUCUAGAGCUAUGCACCGAAAAGAACGUCCAUCUCUAUGUCGAAAGCGCUAUCAAUUUAUCUCUGGAUCUAUCUAGUCAGCCAAGGCUUGUCGUUGGGGAAUUGUUGGGAUACUUAGUGAAGGAGAAAACCAUCAAACCAGAAUAUUUUUUUAAAGGUCUACAUUGUAUUCUUGAAAUCGCUGCUGACAUAAUUAUUGAUAUUCCUUUACUUUGGAAUAAUUUAGCUGAGGUUUUAGUACCAUUAUUUUGCAGUUUAGAAUCUUCUAAUAGGAAAAAAUUCUUCACAAAAGCCUUAGAACCAAUUAAAGAAGAUGAAGCAGGUGGAGCCUUGUUAAUAAUGUAUCACAUUUUAAAUUUUAAGAAAAAUAAUCCUACGUCUCCCUAUGAUUGUGCCUCUGCAUGGAUUGCCGGAAGCUUAGAAUGGUCUUCCUUUUUACCGAGUAAAGAAAAAAGUCCAGAAGAAUUUUUCAAAAAACUUGAUCUGACAAUGCCUGUGUUUGAUCUACAAUUAAAACUCGAACCACUAAGCAAUUUCGUUAAAAGUCAUAGUGUAAGCCAGUUAUCAGAAUAUAUAUCUAGUAAAUUUACUCCCGAAGAAGUCAAAGAAGCAAAAUUUGUGCGUGCCUUGACCGAAGCCGUGGUGAACAGAUGUGUUGUCCAAAAUAAUAAUGGUGGUGGAACAAAUGUAUCUUAUAAAUUAAACUCCAAACUGUUUGCUAAUUAUUGUCCCAUUCUGGCCAAAUUCCAUGGUGGGGAUAAAAACUUAGAAAUAGAAAUAAUCACAACAACGCAAAUAUUAGUAGGAGAAUAUGUAAAUCCUAAAGGACUAGUGACAGAUUUAUUUGAUAAUCUUUAUAGAAAAGCUUCGAUAUCUGUUCAGGCCUUCAUUGAUUGGGAACAAGAUACAAUGCGUCUUAAAAACAAGGGAGCUGCUGUUCUUAUGGUUAAGGAUUUCUUAACAAAACUUAAAGAAGGUGGAAGUGGAUCAGACAGUUAGCCUUUGGUGACUUAAUAGUCUAAAUUAUCACAACCGUUUGAUGUACAUUAAAGCCAAAAUCAAGAGUCUAUUAGAUGUUGAUUGAAUCUACAGUUCUUGACAAACACGGUUGACUAUUUCCAAUUCAUCUUUUCUCUCUAUCUCCCCUUCUGUCUUUUUUCUAUAUUUCCUCAUUAUCAUCAUCUCUUUUUCUCUUCUUUCACUACACGUCUUCGUCCUUUUCUCUCUUUCUCUUCUUUUUUUCUCCCUUUCAAAAAUCACAUCCUCCCCUUAAAUAAUUGAAUAAUUGGAAUACGUGAAGGUUGAUUUGUAUAAAAUACUGGAAUAUUUCUUUCUGAAAUUUAUAUGAUUACCAUUAAUAAUAUAAACUAAUGUUUUAAAAAGAAA